AAAAAAAAAAAAAACAAAACAAAACAAAAACAAACAGUUUCAUGGAUUCUAACGCCCUUUGCAUUUCCAUUUUCCAGUCCCAAGUUCCAACCAACCCUUUUUAAAGUCCCGAACGAUUAACCCAACACCCUCCACAGUCAAAGUCACAGUGCCACAGCCACACACUUCUCCGAUCAAGACAUGUUACAAUUGCACGCGCUUUCACUUGCCCACGCCCAUCGGUCCCACGCGGCCGCGGCGUUAGUAGUUCCCGCUUCACGUGUCAAGUCCACGUGGCUCCAUCUCCGCCGUCCAUUCCCCAUGACCACCCUAUCACCGGUCUUGCCGCCGCGUCUCCGAUCAGUCCCAGUCGUGAGAAGCUGCAGCAACGCACUCGCAUUUUUGGAGCUCAAAGGUGGCAAAGGAAUGAGUGGGUUCUUUGAAGUUGAGCUCAAAGUUCGUGAUUACGAGUUGGAUCAAUUUGGAGUAGUUAACAAUGCUGUCUUUGCAAGUUACUGCCAACACGGUCGACAUGAACUUCUGGAAAGGAUUGGUGUCACUGCUGAUACAGUUGCCCGCACUGGUGAUGCAUUAGCACUGUCAGAAUUGUCACUCAAAUUCCUUGCACCUCUAAGAAGUGGAGAAAGAUUUGUAGUAAAGGUUAGGAUCUCUGGCUCCUCGGCUGCUCGCCUAUACUUUGAGCACUUCAUCUUCAAGCUGCCAAAUCAAGAGCCUAUUUUGGAGGCAAAGGGCACAGCAGUUUGGCUUGACAAGAACUAUCGUCCUGUCCGUAUUCCACAAGAGGUGAGAUCUAAAUGUGUUCAAUUUAUGCGCCAUGAAGAAUCUAGCUGAUUCAACUGUAACAAGAACUCAGCGGAAAGGAUUUUGUGGCUGAGGACCCAUUGGUAUAUGUUAGUCAUUUCCAGUUGUCCUUGUUUUCCCUUAGAAAGUUUCCAACUUGAAAAAGAAAUAAUCUUUCACAUAAGAUUCAUCAUACUUGUUCAAUUCAUCAUGUUUAUGUCUGAUCUAAACAACUUUCUUAUACAAUUAUUUGAAAAAGAGGGAGCCUUUGGAAUUUUUCUGGUUUGUUCAACUCCUGUCUUCCUCAAGCAGCCUUGUCAAAUGAAGGAGAAAAAACUGGGUACUUGUGGAGUGUAUACCAAUCAAUUGAACUGAGUUUGGAGCUUAAAUGUGUCUUUUAGAUUGAAUGGUGAUAAAGUCAAGGCAUGAUACGUUACUAAGUGAUUGUUGGCCCAGAUUUGAUGUCAUGGUCCAUCUUGUAUGAUGAAAAAUGACUUAAGGUUAGGAUAACCAGGGCAAGUUUGUUGCAUUUUCUGUGCCAUGAUUGUUUGAAAUGAAGUUGAGAAGUUGGAUCGGUAGAUCUAAGAAAGAGAGGGUGGAAGGGUGGAGAAGAAAAAUUGGUGUAAGAAGGUGUAAUUUUAUUGCUGGUUUUUGUACACAACUCUUGAUUGCUCGCAUAUUUCUUAAUUUAGUUGUAAACAUGGAAGCAUGAAAGAAUACAUUUCUU